UUUACUGUACCCGUAAACAAUUUAUCUCGAGUAGUACAUAAUAUAGAUAAAGAAGAAUUACACCAAGUUACAGAUAUGAGUGCUGGUACAAUGUCGAAUCAAAUUAUAUUAUCAUUAGAGAAAGAAGCUGGUAUCAUUAAAAAUGAGUCAUCUGAAAAUAAUUCUAUGAAUAUUAUAAUACCUGUAAAUUUUAAUCCAACUUCUUCUACAAUUACUUCCAAUACAAUAGUUAAUGUUACAAUACAAGAUAAUAGCACAUUUAAACAUAUUAUAAAUGAGAAUAGAGAAUCUAGUUUAUUACAAAGUGAAAAUAGUAACGUAGAAAAUCAAAUUUUAAACACAAAUGAAAAAUUAGAAAAAAAUAAUUGCUUAUUAGAUUCUAUGUAUAAAAUAAUAAGAGAUCAUUCAAUGGGUGAAGUUGAAAAACAAACUAAUAUUCAAUUUAACAGUAGCAACGAUAAUAUAAAGAAAUCUGUGCAUCAGAAAACGAACGAUACAUUAAGUCCUUAUACAACGUAUUGUAAUGAUGAUUUAAAAGAAAAAGAAACUGCACAUAAUCAUCAAACUCUAACUUCAUUAAUAUCAUCUUUCGUGUAUGCAGAUAUGAUAGAAGAUGAUUCAUUUGUAAAAACGACAUAUAAAGUCCAGCAAGAAACGCAAUCUAGUGAAAAUGUUAUGGACGUGAAGUCAGUAAUUGAUAUGGUUAAUGUACAAGCAACAUGUAUUCAAUGUCCUGAAAUAUGUAUCACCAACGAUGAACAGAUAGUGCAACAAUCUGAAAAUGAUCUUGAAUGUUAUUUCGAAAAUAAUAAUAUUCAAGUAGGUAAUGUUAUGAUUAACAAAGAAAAGAAUAAUCAACACGAUUCAGAUAAAAUUCCAAAUAAAAUAAUUGAAAUUCAUGAAAAUGUUUUUGAAAAUAAACUUAACAAUGGAAGACUUACUAAUACUUCUAUAGAACUAGAAGUUAUUCAAAGAGAUAAACAAUUAGAUAAAAAAGACAAUAUUGAGAAUGAUUCAGCUGCAUGUAUAAUAAAGUCUAAGAAAAAUUCAGCUAUGGAUAUAAAUGAAUGUGCUAAUACUCAUAGUAGCAACAAUCAGAUUCUUGGCAGAUCAUGUGUUUUUUCACCGACAUUAAUUUCUGCUUACAAUCAAAAUAAAACGUGUAUUGGAGAAAAUAAUAUUACUCCAAUAGCUGGCACGACAGACUUAACAUGCAACAUGAAUAUAACACAAAAUAAUGAGAAAUUUUUGAAAGAAGAAGUUGCAUUGGAGAAAAACACUAGAGAAAAUUCCAGUCUUCAGGAGGAUAAAUUUUCUUUGCUAAUAAGUAAAUUAAAGAAUCAUAUGCUUAGUGACGAUUGCAUAUGGAAUUUAUAUUAUGAGAAUAUAGAUAAACAAAUGAUAGUAGUUGGUUUUAUUUCUACAUCUUUACUGAUAAUAAUAAAAACUCAGAAUGAAGUCAACACUGACACGUGUAGGAUCAAAGAUGUUAAUGUAAUUUCACGAUUAGAAAAUGAUGAAAAUUUGUUGUUAAGUAUUGCACACAAAUUACUAAAGGAGAAAAUAAAUUUAGAAUAUAUUCGUCAAUCAUAUAUAUAUGAAGAAGACAUUAUUCCCUUGUUAAAUCAUAUUUCAGAAGAUGUGAAAUUCAUAUUAGAUUUUAUAUUUGAUUUACAAAAAUUGGAUGAUACAAAUUUAAUGGAAAUAAGUACAGAAAGCAUAACAUUUAUAUUAAGAAGUAAAUGCAUGGAAAUUAUAUUGAAAAUUACAAUGGAUAUUAAAUUAUUUGAUAAAAUAAAUUCAUCACACAUCAAGAUCGUUUCUAUUUUGGGUACUGUAAUAGAGGAAGAAAUUCAAGAGUUACUUUUAAAUGUGAAAAGAGAUUAUAAAUUUUUAAGGAGAUACAUGUCUGACAUUAAGGAUUAUAUUGAUAUAAUAGAACAAGUUAAUUUUGCAAAAGAAAUGCAAAAUGAAUUACAAAAAGAAACAAAAAGAAAAGGAAAUUAUAAAUGAUUGAAGUGUGAAAUAUUUAUAGAUGGAUCGAACUAAUGUACAGAUGUAAAAGAUUUAAAUAUUUAACUAUAUGUGGAAAAUAAUUGUAUUGAUAUUAUGUAGAAUGUGAUAUAAAACAUAUUUUUAUAAAAUUUUUUUAUAAUUAUAUUGUAAUUAUAUUAAGAGAAAGUUACUAACGAAGAAAAUUCGUUGGGAAUUUUUAAUAUUUUAUAUGUAAAAAGAGGUGAGAUAUGUAAAUCAUUAGGUAAAAACAUUAAAUAAUAUUUUUACUAUUCGUUCAAAUAGAUUUGGUAACAACUAUACAUGAAUUUAUAGCAGGUAUAUACAUACAAACAGGUUGAUCGACUAGCUUCGAUGAAGCCGGUUCGAACUAUGCAGGUUUUUGUUAAUGCACUUGCAGUUCUUUGGGUAGUAGCGUGUGAACAACUGGCUUCCCAUAGAAUCAUUCGAGUUUCCGUUUAAUUCUUAAGAAAUAAUUAUCAUCGAUACACGUAUGAUUAGAAUUACCGAGAAUGUGCAAUCAAAAAGUUCUUCAUUUCUUUAUAUUAUUGACAAUUAAUUUCAUGACAAUAAAUAUAUAAUCUGAUAAGGAAUUCAAAAUUAUAUUCCAUUUUAUAGAAUCGAAACAACAAUCUCACGUCCAUACGUUUAUUAUAAACAAAAAAAAAAUGAAGAAUUUCGAAAAGCAAAAUAUUAUUCAACGAAAAGACUAUGAAACAUCCGAGGUACUUUCAAAGCGAUAGUGAAACUGUUGAAGCAUGAAAGGUAAGAAUAACUGCAACAAUAUUGCGUUGGUUUUACUCCCACGUGUUCUACGAACGUGUAAGUAAUACCUCAUAGGAAGGUUAAACAUGAAUAAUGAAAGUUACAUUUCUUGUUUUUUUAAAUAAAUUCAAAAUUUAAUUUAUAUCAAAUUACGCGUAUUAAAUAAUCAUUAUCGCAAAUAGAAUAUAUGUAUAUUUAAUAGUUCAUCUAUGCAUGUAUCAAUGUAAAUAUAGAAAUAUUAGUUAAAA